UUGAGCGAAACUAUUGUAAUACAAGUUGUGCUGAAGAGAUUUUCAGCAAUCACAAGGAAUCCUAACUGUGUAUUUUACCCAAAUUUAUUUCUUAUUUUGAGAUGCGUUUCGAAAAUUUAAUAACGCUGACGGCCAGCUUCAUUUUAUUCGGAAGUGUUUCGGCCGAUUUGAGUUCAAAUAUCGAGAAACUGCGGAAAAUUCGUAAAAAUCAGAUCUUGAAUAGGUCGGAAGGACAAAAUGAUUACAACAAAUAUGAGACAAAUGUUGCGGGAGAGKUAUGUGGAGAGGGCUAUGAGGCAAGAUUUUGCAACGAAACUGUAUUUUCUUGUGWACCCGUGUGUCCUGCAGGCUGCGAAAAUGGCACGUGCAUCGCGCCGGGUAUUUGCGAUUGUGCGGAAGGCUACGAGUUGCGCAGUAUUGCGGAAAAGACUGUAUGUAUACCGUUACAUCUAAAUAACGAUGUGAGGCUAACAGAAGAACAUGCAUUAAGCAAACGGAACGCUGAGGCUACUGCUGAUUUCAGUAUGUGUUCCUGUCAAUGCUGGAGAUAUGAUUCCGAAAACUUCUGCAUGAAACUUUGCGAGUCAGAAAAUAAUCAGUGUCUGGACCAGAAGUUCUCRGUUUGCCAUGAGUCGAAUCAAUCUAUAGUUUAUAAAAAGGACAGUGCGAAUUGGAAAGUAUACCAUUGUGCUGAUAAUGCGAUGGAUGCUAAAAAUGCCGCUUAUAUUAAAAAGGCGCGUUGGAUCAUUACUAUCGGCUGCAUUUUUAUUGGAAUCAUGUUGAUCCCCAUCGUUUAUCUGUGUGUGCGUAUAUAUCAAACUCGACAUGAGACAGGUGCACAUGAUAUYCCCAUAAGCUUACUUAUGAAGUUUUGAGAUGACUUUUUGGCGGCGCGACGCRGAGUAUAUUAUUUAUAGCAUAAUGCAGUAUUUAAC